AUGAAUCAACAGCCGCUGAGAUCACAGUCGUUCAAGUAUCGAGCACGUCCGGGAGCCGAUUCGAAGAAGGCGGCCAUCGAAGACGUACCACAUGAACGACGACGAAGUACACCAACAAUUUCGAGAAGACGAACAACGCAAGAGGUACGCAAGGAUGUCUGGCCGGAACCGAAACCCGCCAUAGAAUUCGAUGAGAAGUUUCUUAAAGUGCGUCAAUUUAAAAUUGAUGAAAAAGGAGCUGUGGUAUCACGAGGAGAUUCAUUUAGACGGAAGAACAAUGAUGACGGUGUGAAAAGUGACAAAUCUCCGUCCCCGUACAUUGUUUCUGGAUCGGACUCCACACGUGAGUCUCGUAGCGACAGUGUAUCAUCAAGUGUGGAGUCACGACGCGAUACCGCCAACACGGUCGUCUAUCCGUCGACCAGCCACAACAACUACAAGAUUGGUGUGGUUGGAGAUACAGGCACUGGUAAAACAUCGCUUAUUGGACAGUUGAUCACUUCUGAGUACAAAAAUGCAUUUGCCGAUGAAAUCCAAGACUACGAGAAUACGGUAUCAAUCUGUAUUGGAGGACAUGAAUUGGAUUUGAUAUUCUUCGAGAGUGAUAUGUUAGAUCCGUCAUGGAUACCAGGGGAAAUGGAUGCGUUUGUCGUCGUUUACAGCAUUGACUCAAGACGAAGCUGGAAACAGGCUAUUACUGCAAUCGAGAUGAUAAAAGAAUCGCCGUCCCUCAAAAACUCACCUAUCCUCGUCGCCGGUAACAAAGCGGAUCUCGAACGGAAAAGAACAGUAACGAAAAAUGAAGUACGAGCCGCAUCAAUGCAGUUCGGUUUCGAGCAUCUUGAGAUCUCUGUUGCUCUCGACCACGACGUAGACGAUCUUCUAGUAAGCCUCGUAGCCGAACUGAAAGAGGCGUACACUACGAGUACAUUAAUUGAGAAGGUAAGCGCUUUAUUCGUGUCGAUUUUGUAUUUCUUUGUUCUCUUCCUUUCUUGA